AUGACGUCCCACAAUAAUACCAUUGGGCAAUCUCUCGUCUCGACAGACCAAUCCUUAGCAUUGACAAACGAAUCGCUAUCGCAAGUGGAUACAUGUUCCAUAUCGUCAGACGACCAUCAGGAGCUGGAACGCACCACAGCUCAGCAAUAUGUCAAUACCGAUGAGCAUGCCUUCAGCCGGCGGAAAAGAAACCUAUGCGUGUGUGUGGCGUCCGCCGCGGCGCUGUUGUCACCAUUAGCAAGCAAUGUCUAUCUUUCUGCGACAGUAAAGAUGUCUGAGGAGGUUGGCGUGCCAAUCCACAAAAUAACGUUGACCCUGACCAUAUAUAUGGUGGUACAAGGAGUAUCACCGUCGUUUUGGGGACCCCUCUCCGACGUGAAAGGCAGGAGACUGGUCUUCUGCUGCACAUUAGUGCUGUACCUGAUUGCGAACAUCUGCCUGGCUGUGACAAGGGAUUACGGCAGCCUUGCCGCAUUUCGAGCGCUCCAAGCUGCAGGUGGAGCAGCGACGAUCGCCAUAUGCUCUGGUGUGAUUGGAGAUAUUGCGAGUCCAGCGGAGCGGGGAGGAAUGAUUGGGAUGUCCAGUGCUAUCCGACAAGCGGCACAGUUCCUUGGCCCCGUUGCCGGUGGGAUAAUUACACACUAUCAUGGUGUUCGCGCCAUCUUCUGCUUCUUAGCCAUGAUUACCUCGGUGGUACUGUUAAUGGUCGUGGUUUUCCUGCCCGAGACCCUUCCUCCGAUCGCUGGCAAUGGAGAUGUGCGGCUGCACGGUAUACAUAAGCCUAUUAUGUAUGCAUUCAAAGCACAACCGGAUGUCUUCAAGGAGCACAGCCAAAUGCCAUCAAAGCCAUUUACACUCUCAUCCCUCUGGACGCCGAUCUGCUUGCUGACACAACUCGAUGUUUUCAUCGUGAUGUUUUAUGGCGGGAUCAUAUACACGAUCCACAACAUGGUCACCGCGUCCAGCACCGGACUGCUGCAACCGCGCUUCAAGCUCACAGAUGUACAAACCGGGCUGAUAUUCCUUCCGAACGGUAUAGGUGUCAUCGUUGGUUCGUUUGUCUGGGGAAACGUUCUCGACCGGAAUUGGAAGACGUACGAUAGUAAGCAUGAAUCCAAUGACCAGGAGCUGCUGGAGAAAAAGUCGGGAAAUGGCAGGUUUAAGCCCGUUCACAUGGAGCGUGCCCGGCUGCGUCACUCCUGGUGGUUACUACUCGGUUUUGUUGCCUCUGUAUGCGGGUAUGGCUUUGUACUCAAGGCGGCACAUCUAGCUGUUGUGCUCGUUAUGCAGUUCUGCAUCGCAUUUACUGCACAGGCCGUGUUCGCUAUGUGUUCCACCAUGUCGAUUGACCUCUUUCCACAAGCUGCGGCUAGUGUGACUGGGCUCCAGAAUCUCGUACGGUGUACCUUGGGAGCGGCUGGCGUUGCUGUGGUAGAUCUGAUGCUGGAACGGUUCGGGCCAGGUUGGACUUACAGUAUCUGCGCCAUUGUUGCUUGUGCUACUAGUCCAUUGUUGGUCUUUUGUUGGAUGCGGGGAGCGAGCUUGAGAGAGAAGAGGGCACAGAAGUUGAAAGAAGAAGAGAGGAUGGGAAGGGGAAGAGAAACGGAGCGUGUGAAAGUUGUUUUAGAGGUUGAGUGCGAACAUGCACCAUAA